AUUUCUUCCACUCGAUUGUUUUGAUCCCGGACGAAAAGGAAGCGAGGAGGUCGCCGCGGCAGUCGAUGCGAGGAAGAAGAACUGUUCAUGAGACCUCGGAUUUAGUGCAAUGCUCGGAUUUACUAAGUUAGGGUUUUUGAAGGUAAAAGGAAGGAGGAAUUGGAUUUAAGAUUCUUCCUUCCUCACACUAUUCCAUGUAAUCACAUCUUAUUCAUCGCCUCCCCAUUUGUUCUCACCGUCGCUGUCUCUGUGGCGACAUCUACAAUUCACGGAGAUUUGUGAGGAUUAGGAGAAGGAAGAGGAACAAUUAGUACUCGGCGAGAGAAAUUGACGUCAAAGAGAAGAUUUUUUGGGUCGUCAGGGAGAGGAGAUGGGGAACAAGAUAGCACGAACAACCCAAGUUUCGGCAACGGAGUAUUACCUCCACGACCUCCCUUCCUCGUAUAAUCUAGUGCUGAUUGAAGUCCUUGGACGAGGGCGGUUCUUCAAAUCCAUUCUUUGUAAGCACGACGAGGGUCUCGUCCUGGUUAAGGUCUAUUUCAAGCGCGGUGAACGCCUCGAUCUCAAGGAGUACGAAAAAAGGCUCUUUGAGAUUAGAAAUAUAUUCCAGACCGUGCAGCACCCCCAUGUUUGGCCAUUCCAGUUUUGGCUUGAGACAGAUAAGGCAGCGUACCUCUUGAGACAACACUUCUUCAGCAAUCUUCAUGAUCGGCUGAGCACACGGCCCUUUCUCAGUCUUAUUGAGAAGAAAUGGCUUGCUUAUCAGUUACUUUGUGCAGUGAAGCAGAGCCAUGACAAGGAAGUUUGCCAUGGUGAUAUCAAGUGUGAGAAUGUCCUCGUCACCUCUUGGAACUGGCUUUACCUUGCGGACUUUGCAUCUUUCAAGCCCACAUAUAUACCAGAUGAUGACCCUUCAGAUUUCUCAUUCUUUUUUGAUACUGGAGGAAGGAGGCGGUGCUAUCUUGCGCCUGAGAGGUUUUAUGACCAUGUUGGUGAGGCCCAUAGUGCACCAGAUGCUCCGUUGAAGAAAUCAAUGGAUAUCUUCUCUGUCGGGUGUGUUAUUGCGGAGCUUUUCUUAGAAGGACAACCACUUUUUGAGCUAUCCCAACUGCUUGCUUAUCGUCGUGGCCAAUAUGAUCCUAGUCUGUACCUGGAAAAGAUACCUGAUGUUGGAAUUCGUGAGAUGAUACUGCAUAUGAUUCAACUGAAUCCAGAAGAAAGAUUGUCCUGUGAUAGCUAUUUGCAGAGUUAUGCAUCGGCUGUUUUCCCAAGCUAUUUCUCCCCAUUUCUACAUCAAUUAUUUUCCUGCUUGAUUCCUCUGGACUCUGAUACAAGGGUUGCAAUGACUAAAGGUGCUUUCUCCGAGAUAAGCAGACAGAUGAUGAAUGAUAGAGCUGUUGAUGCCAUCGUCUCUGAAACAUCGGAUGCCAACUUGAUUGAUAAUGAAUCAUUUCAGAAAUUCAAAAGUGGAAAGGAAAAUACCAAUUCCCCAUAUGAUGGAGCUGAUCCAUCAGAAAGCAUUGUUGGUAAAGGGCUUCAGCUUGUUGAUGAUUUAGAUUCCAUUUACAGGGAAGUAGAAAAGAACAAUGCUUUUUCACACACUAAAGCAAAAAUUGGAAACACUGCAAAUGUUUCCACAUAUAGUUCCAGCACCAAAUCAACUAUAUUUUCUAACCAGACAAAGCGUUUUGGAAGGCAAUCUUCGUUUCGUGCUCAUGGAAAGGAAAAUGAAAUCACUCUUUUCAAAAAAUUCCAUAAAAACGAUUUGGAAUCUCUAAUGGCCGGAUACAAUAUUCAAUCCGAAAGCAAUGAAAUGCCCUUUUUCCAAUUCAUGGAAUUUAAUACAAGCUGUGAAGGUAUGGUUCUCAUUGCAUCAUUGCUUUGCUCAUGCAUACGAAGUGUUAAGCAGCCCCAGCUUCGAAGAGCUGGUGUACUUAUGUUGAGGUCUUGCUCCUUUUACAUUGAUGAUGAAGAUCGUUUACAGCAUGUGCUUCCAUAUGUUAUUGCAAUGCUUUCUGAUCCUGCUGCAAUUGUCCGUUGUGCUGCUUUGGAUACAUUGUGUGAUGUGUUGGCAUUAGUUAGAGAUUUUCCACCCAGUGAUGCUAAGAUAUUUCCAGAGUAUAUUCUUCCCAUGCUAUCUAUGCUUCCAGAUGACCCUGAAGAAAGUGUCAGGAUUUGUUAUGCUAGGAACAUAUUCAAAAUUGCACUGGCUGCUUAUAGAUUCUUAAUUUGCUCAAAAAAUUUGGCUGAUACUGGAUCAUUUGAUAAAGUAGUACCCACCAAAUCGCAGCUACUUUCAACAGAACCGUCAGUCAAGAAAGAUGCUGAGAACAGUGAUGCACAACUGGCUCAGUUGAGAAAAUCCAUUGCUGAAGUUGUGCAAGAGCUGGUCAUGGGCUCAAAACAAACUCCAAGUAUCAGGAGAGCCCUUUUGCAGGAUAUCGGACAUUUGUGUUUCUUUUUUGAACAGAAACAAUGUAAUGAUUUCUUACUUCCAAUCCUACCGGCAUUUCUUAAUGACCGAGAUGAGCAACUGAGAGCAGUAUUUUAUGGGCAGAUUGUUUUUGUCUGCUACUUCGUUGGCCAACGAAGUGUUGAGGAGUAUUUAUUACCUUAUAUAGACCAGGCUUUAACUGAUGGCAUGGAGGCUGUCAUUGUUAAUGCGUUGGACUGCUUGUCUAUGCUUUGUAGAAGUGGCUUUUUGCGGAAGAGGAUUUUACUUGACAUGAUUGAAAGAUCCUUUCCAUUGUUAUGUUAUCCGAGUCAGUGGGUACGAAGAUCAGUUGCCACUUUCAUUGCAGCAAGUAGCCAAACCUUGGGACCCGUGGAUUCUUAUGUCUACCUUUAUCCAAUUUUGCGUCCUUUUCUUCAGAGAGAACCUCCUUCUCUAUAUUCAGACUCAUCCCUACUUUCUUGUCUAAAGCCUCCAGUGUCAAAGUCUGUAUUUUACCAUGUAUUGGAAAAGACAAGGAGUGUUGAUAUGCUAGAAAGGCAGCGAAAGAUAUGGUAUAACUCAUCAGGCCAGUCAAAUAAUUGGGAAACACUUGAGAACAUUAAUUGGGUUGCAGCAGAUCUGGAUCCUAUGAAGAAAACUUGGAACAAAGAACCAGUGGCUCAAAAUAUUAAAAUUUCUGGUAAUUCUGUCCAAAAAGUAACUUCAUCUGAUGUUGAAGUUAUUGCUAAGUUGAGAAAAGAGAAUUCUUUUCUCAUCAAUGGUGUGAUGGAUGAAAGGGAUUCAUUUAGUUCCGAUAAGAUGCAAUUCUCUGGAUUUUUUUCACCCAAUGUUAACACUAGUAACAGCUUUCUUUUCGAUGGACCAUCUGAGGGUAUUCCUAUCUACUCUUAUAUGGAUAAGCGCAGUAGGGGUGUGUUAUCUAAAGCUCCUGAUACUUCAACACGCUUGAAUUCUGCCGGAGUUGCUUCUUCAUGCAUGCCAUGUGUGGGCUCUGCGAAUAAACCAACUAGCUUAUCAAAUUCAGUACCUCCAAGGCUUGUCUCAGGCUCCUUCAACGAAACAACUUCUAUUAUGGCUUAUGAUCCAUAUAGUCAUGAGAUUGACCCUUCUUUAAACAUCACCAGCAAAUUCCAGGAUGUCAAUGUUACUGACAUUGUGAAGACUUCUUCAACGUCCUUCGGAGACGAUAAAUACCAAUCCGAUAUAACUGUAUUGCCCUCAUUUUCUAGAACUUCAACAAUUCCUGAUACAGGAUGGAAGCCUCGUGGAGUUUUGGUGGCACAUCUCCAAGAACACUCCUCUUCUGUGAAUGAUAUUGCAGUAUCAAAUGACAAUUCAUUCUUUGUCAGUGCUUCAAGUGAUUCUACCGUAAAAAUAUGGGACAGCAGGAAGUUGGAAAAAGACAUCUCUUUUCGCUCAAGGCUAACUUAUUCUUUGGGCUAUAGCCAGGCUCUCUGUGUUAGCAUGCUUCGCGGUACACCAAAGGUAGUAGUUGGUGCAUCUAAUGGGAUACUGCACUUGUUUUCUAUUGAUUAUGUUUCAAGAGGACUGGGUAAUGUUGUUGAAAGGUAUUCAGGUAUUGUUGAUAGUAGGAAGCAAGAGGUUGGAGGAGGUGCAGUUCUUACCCUGUUGAACUGCUCUUCUUCUGAUUCUGGCAUUUGCCAUACAAUUAUUUACAGCACUCGAGAGCAUGGAAUCAAUCUUUGGGACACACGGACGGAUAAAGCAGCUUGGACAUUUAGAGUUGCACCAGAGGAGGGAUUUAUUUCUUCCCUUGUGAUGGGUCAGUGUGGGAACUGGUUUGUAUCGGGAUCUUCAAGGGGCAUAUUGACAUUGUGGGAUUUGAGGUUUCUUUUACCUGUUAACUCCUGGCAAUACUCAACAGUAUGUCCUGUGGAGAGGAUGUGUUUACUCAUUCCAUCUUCAAAUUCUACUCCAGCGAUGGCAAGGCCAUUGAUAUAUGUUUCUGCUGGCUGUAAUGAAGUUGCUCUGUGGAAUGCUGAGACUGGAAGCUGCCACCAGGUAUUCAGAGUAGCCAGCUGUGACAGCGUUGCAGAAAUGUCUAACAUUCCUCGAGCAUUAGCGAGGCCUUCCAGCAAGCCAAUAUCUAAGCAGGAUAUGAAACGGAAUUCUAGUUCCAAAUAUAGAAUCGAUGAAUUGAAUGAGCCUCCGCCUCGUCUUCCUGGCAUCCGCUCAUUGCUGCCUUUGCCUGGUGGAGAUCUACUAACAGGAGGAAGAGACCUGAAAAUUCGCUAUUGGAAUCAUGCAAGUCCUGAGCGAAGUUACUCCAUCUGUGGUCCAUCAACACCAGGUUUGGGGAAUGAUGAGCAUUAUGAGACAAGAUCAAGCUUCGGGGUACAAAUUGUGCAGGAGAUGAAUAGGCGAGCUGCAUCAUCGACACAGACUCAGAAAGCUCUCUUAGCUGCGGCAGCUACUGAUUCUGCGGGUUGCCAUCGCGAUUCGGUACUCUCUUUAGCCUCUGUCAAAUUGAAUCAGAGGCUGUUGAUAUCAAGCAGCAGAGAUGGGGCCAUUAAGGUUUGGAAGUAGAGCAGCAAAGCAAGGCUUUAAGGUCGUGCCCUGCACAUAUUUACUUUAUUUUACUACAAAUCAUAGUUAUUUACACUUUUCCCCUUCCUCCCUCAAUUUCAAAUUCACAAGCAUUACAGAGAAAUCAGUUUGUGUGCAGAAUAGGCUUUGAGAAAGGGAGCAAAGAGGCUUUUGCUUUCCUCCUAACAACUGUAAGAAACUACUGGCUCUGUUUCAUUAUUCUCAUUAGCCUUAACCCAAUAAUUAAUAGUUAUCUCUGGUUGUAUAUAGUAAAAGCAUAAAAACUUAUUGCAUUUUUGGGUGUUCGUUUUUAUAUCUGUAUCUUGCAGUUACACAUUGCUUUUUCAUAUAUAAUACAGAGAAUCUAUUCUAAAAGGUAAUGAGAUCGGUGAG